UCCAGUCUCCGACAUUGUGCCAUGAGUUGGUUGUUAGAAUUAGGGUGGCUUUGUCUCAUGAUUGUGUUUUCAAACAUAGAGGCUCAAAAGAAAUAUGCCUUAAAUAUCAGCACAAAAUGUCUGGGGAACAUCAUGCGUGUGGAUGUUGGUCCUCUUGAAGGAAACCUUUUGGAGGUUGCAGUUGUCGUCAAUAACACUGCUGUGGUUCUUACGCCGAGCUUGGCAUCGCAAUGUGGCUUCAGCAUGAAGACUGACAAGCUUGGGAAUGCCAUGAUCUACAUCUCCCUCCAAAACUGUUUUGCUCAAAACGUGGACGACAAAAUGUUUGCAACAGCCCUUCACCUCCGGGUGCACGGAAACCUGUUUGAAGACGAGCUGUAUCAAGUGGCUGAAACCUGUCGGUAUGAUGCCUGGGCCUCCAGGGAAAUCAUCUGUGAUUACAACUACGUGGAGAUAUCUGUGAAACGGGCGGCUCCAGAUGAAUAUGCCUUGCCACAGACUAGCUCAAAGUCCAUCAACUCUCGACGAGCUGCAGAGAAACAACCCUUGGAUGCAGGCUUCAGAGUGACAACGGUUUUGUUUUUCACACCUGAAGGAGAGAAGGCAAUGAGCGUGGCUGAUGCCCAGAGAAGUGGGUAUGGCAUAGGAAAUACUCCAACAAGGCUGGUCCUGCGGAGUCCGAUAAUGGCACCAGAAAUGUACAUUCAGGAUGUAGCACAGAUUCCCAUGAGGGUUCUGAGCACUUCAACAAUCUUUGAAAAGAAAUGGCUGGCGACUCAAAUUGAUGCAGCUGCUGCGUGCCCCAUGCAAGAGGGCAGCGUUUUCUUCACUCCGACCACAAUCACCUGGUACCUGCCCCGUCAGCCAGACCCAUUGAUCACAUCUGGCCCGUUCAACCUGAUGGCGGUGCACUUUGGCAUCAAUGGUCAAAGGCUCAGUGCUGCUGUCAUGCAAGCCCAUCAAUACUUUGUAUCUAUUGACGACUAUUUUAUCGUGACUACAAUUCCUAUUGGCGCUGCCGGUGGCUACUUCAAGAGUCACAUUAAAGAUGAUCAGUACUUCAUCUCGUACAUGAUCGAGCCAAUGCUUGAGCUGCUCUGGACUGACGACUCCACUCACGAGGACACCAGAUACAAAGUGUUCUUUCACAUCUCCACAGACUUGAUGCCUCAACCUUUGCAACUGAUUGACAAUACUGUUCCAGUGGAGCAGAUGUUUAACUUAAUACUGGGACAAUUUGCAUCUGAUGUGGUUCUGAUGAACAUUACCUUCCCCUCUGGUGUGUUGUCCACGGCUGAAUGCAGUGCCAGAGGCUUCAAUGUCAUGGAGCACAUGUCUCCUAACGGCAGCAUGAAGGUCUUCACCCUUCAAGUACCCUUCACAGACCCUGUAGUCCUUGAACAGACACAAAAUGGCGUGGUGGUUUAUUCUCUUCACCUGGUCUUUGGCUUGUUGGUGCUGGAAGAGCUUGUUCCCUUUUCUUACGUAGCUUAUGUGGAAGCUGCUGUACGAAACACGGUCCCACCCUCCAUUUCUGGUGGCUGUGAUAAGCAAAACUUCUACGUCCUCGUGAAACACGGAACAGAUUACAACUUCCAGACUGCAGUUGGAAAGCGCUUCAUGACUCCCAGUUUGGCUCAGCAGUACAACUACAUGGAUAACGGGACGCACUUCAGUUUUGUUGUUCCAUUUAAUGCUCCUGAUGUGUCCGUUGAGGCUAUUGAAGAAUCAUCAAUUAGGUGCCGACUUGAUGUAUUUUUAAGCAAUCCAGAGACAAAUGCAAAAAUCAAGGACUUCUCUGUGGCUUGCAACUUUCCUGCAACGCUGACUGAAUGUUUCCCAAAUGGAACGAUGACCGCUUUGGCUAUAAAACUGGAGUCUGUCCCCUCUCUCAACCCUGCUCAGCUCACCCUCGUAGACCCCCUCUGUGGCCCCUCCUACAGCGAUGACAGCCAUUCUUUCUUUGUCUUUACUGUGAAUUCAUGUGGGACCACCAGAAAGUUUUUGCCCAAUGCCAUGCUGUAUGAAAAUGAAAUCUCUCUGCCUGAUGCCCUUGUGAUGAGAAAAGACUUGAAUUCAGAGGAACCGGAGUAUCAGUAA